AUGUAUCGCCACAACGCCCCCCGCACCCCCGAAGUCGUGCGCGGCUACCUGCUAGGCAACACCCUCGGCGCCGGCAGCUUCGGCGCGGUCCGUAAAUGUACGCAUCUCGCAACCGGAAAAGAGUGUUGUGUCAAGGUGAUGAGCAAGCAGAUCAAUUUGAAAGAAGAGAUUAUGGGAGAGGUCGAGAUUCUUAUGGCCCUGGAUGGAGGCUCGGGGCUCUGGACGAGGCUGUUGGAUGUGGAGGAGGAGCAUGCUGAGAAUUGGUACAUCUUCCUCGAACUCGCCCACGGCGGCGACCUCUUCGCCAUCUACGAGUCGCAAACCCUCCUCUCCUCCUUCCGCACCAGAGAGCUCCUCUACGACAUCGCCAAAGCCCUCCAAGAGCUUCACGAGCGCUCCAUUGUCCACCGCGACAUUAAACCGGACAACAUCCUCCUCUCGACCCGCACCCCGGCCGCCCGCGCCCUCCUCGCCGACUUCGGCAUCAGCACGUGGUGCGACGGCGCGCAGGUACUCAGUCAGCGCUGCGGCACGGCGCGCUACAUGGCGCCGGAGAUCUGUGCGCGUCGCAAUUACGGGUGUCAAGUUGACAUGUGGUCGUUUGGAUUGCUAGCGUAUAUUCUUGUGUUCGGCCAGCCGCUGCUCCCCGAAGGCGCAACAGACGAGGAAACCAUGCAGAUGACCGCGGCGCUGAAGCCCGGGUUCCUGAAGAACACGGAGGGCCAUAGUUCGGAGGCGUUCGGGUUUAUCAAGUCCCUGCUGCGCAUCAACCCCAAGAAGCGUCUCACGGCCCGCGCGGCGGUGGACCAUCCUUACCUCCGUGCCGUGAAGCUGAAAAGGGAGCGCGAAGCCUUGUUUCAGAAGUACUCGCACGCCGGCUUGGAGGCCCGCUUCAGGGAGGAGAGGGAGAUGAAGAAGCUCCGUGAGCGCCUCAACAACAUUCGUGCGGCGGACGAAACUAACCAGAACACACCACCAUCCACGGCAGCGGCGACGGCGUCGGCAGAGACGGAGGCGGCGGUACAAAGGCGCCGGGACAAUACCGGCGUGGAGAUCAAGCAGGAAGAGAGCGAGGACGGGGAGGACGUGUGGGUCACCGAGGCCAGAGAGAGCGUGCGUGAGCGCGGUCGGCCUGCGAAGAGACGUUUUGCGAUUCCGCGUCCCCGGGCACGUGCUGCUGUUGCGAACAGCGAGGCCGGGCGCUCAAACACCGCGACUGCGGCUGGGCCAGCAAAUAUCGCUGCUGCAAUUCCACCGGUGCCUGCGCCGCAAAUGAGGCGUAUGGCCUACCCUCUUGCGCCCACCGCUCCACGAGCGCCCGCGGCCGUCACAACUGCGAACAUCAACAUCAGCACAAACAACGGGCCGUUGAUCAACCUCUCAUCCACCCCCUCGCCUGCCGCCCCGGCCCCACGAGUCGCAAGCGGCAUUCCGCGCUUCACCGGCAUCCCUCGAUUCACCGGCAACCGCCAGCAGAACACGGAGUCGCCGAACUCGAGUCCUCCGGUGGACGGCGGGUUUGAGAGCCGCUAUGAGGACGUUUUCAUGCACAACUUCAGGAUUGAGAGCGGGUUCUAUCACUGCCCGCCGGGCGUGGAGAUGAAGGAUUUGUUCAAGUACAGGGUUGCAGGUCCGCGUUUGUGA